AUGGACCACUCCGGCCAGUCGCCCGAAAUUCGAGGUCGUCCUGAUGAGUCACCUGAAGAAGCGCUCAUGGCAUCUUUUCGAGUUGCUGCUGAAUCCGUUGCACAACUUUUCAAAACUUCUCUGAAUCAAAAGAAACGUUAUGAUAAUGGAUAUGAACAAUGUCUACGGGAUUUGAUGGAAUUUGUCGCAUCACAUCCUAAUGUCCAACAAAGAAGACAACAAACUGGUGGCGAUGGUAGAGACGCGUUCAUAUCUGUCGAAGACUUGUGUAAUUUCGCACAAUCUAAAACAGAACAUUUGAAAUCCAUAUCCCGUCGAAAUAGAGAAGACGUUAUUAAUGUUCCAGACAAUCAAAUAUAUUCUUAUUCCGGUAUUCCUCCGGUAUCAGAAAAUAUUUUCGGGACCAACAAUGAUCAAUUUGAAUUUUCUCUUCAGCCAAAUAGUAUGCAUCACCCAAUCCAACAUGAAAUUGACAGUAUUGACACAGGACAAGAGGGUGGUAUUGGUAUCUUGACUGGAAAUGAUUCCUUGAAAAGACGAUUCGGUGGAUCGACUGACUUGAAUUUUCUUGGACGACCAACAUUUCUGGAACAUUCAUUUCUUGAGCCGCCAGCAAAAAAGGGAAGGUUACGAAAAGACGAAUGA